GAGCUGUCUGUGUGCGCGCUCCCGGCUGCUGUCAGUGAGUCUCAGGUCGGGCACACGAUGCAGCCUCUCCCCUCCUCAGCCUGAAGGAUGGGGGGUCCGCGGCCAGUGGGGGCCCUACUGGGGCCCAUCCUCUACUGCUGGGUGUUACUAGCCCGGGGGGCCACCGCCAGACCAGGUGACCAUUGUCGAACGAUUGAUUGUGCUCUGCAGAUGAGAGAACACUGUCCCAGUGGGUCCGAUGUAUGUGGUCCUUGUCUUCAGGGACUAACAGAAUCCAGUGAUGGAAAAUGCCUGGAAACGUCUCCAAAAGACAAAAACACUAUUCCAAAUAUAGAAGCAGAAAUUGACUAUUUAGCUUCCAUGAUUGCAAACCAGGAUCCCAAUAAACUUCAGCUGGCUGAUGGAGUUAACACCACAAACUCACCGCCUCCCCCUGACGUAAUGCCAUCGGUAAAGGACAGAAGACAUCCCGGUGCCACAUUGGUCCCCGAAAAUAGGCGCAAAGCACCCCUGAAUGACACCCUGCUGCUAGGUGUUGUCAUUGCGUGCGCUAUCUCUGGACUGAUGGCGUUGAUGGUGGCCGGAAUUUGCUGGUACAGGAUGCGAAGGGAGAUGAAGCUGGCUGAGAAGACAGAUUACCCAGCGUUCAAAGCAUCACCCCCUCCACCCUAUGAGAAGACUUCGCCAGGAGAUAAGAAAUUGGCUCACAAUGCUCAGAUGUAUCAUUACCAGCACCAGAAGCAACAAAUGUUAUCGAUGGGAAAGAAUAAAGAUGAACCUAAACACACAGAUUCCGCUAUGACGUCGGAUGAAGAAAACGAAGAUGGUGAUUUCACAGUAUAUGAAUGUCCCGGUUUAGCUCCGACUGGAGAAAUGGAAGUGAAGAAUCCUCUGUUUGAUGACUCCUCGCACAGUCCCGCUCACAAAACUCCAUAGCAACCUACAUCAAUCUGUCCCUCGUUAGACUUGUUCUACGAAUUAAAAAAAAAAAAAAUACAUUGAAUCCAGUGGAGGAAAUUUUAGGUGAAAAAAAAAAGUGGAAACUGGAAACCCCAUCAAUCUUUGAGAAGAACUAAAACCCAACCUGUUACAAGGUUUCUUAUAACCUGAGACUGUUAAAAAGACGGGGUGUUUCUGUAGUUGGAAAUCAGACAUUUCUCUGUCUCCUGCCUUGAAUAAAUGGUCUCUGGACAAACUGGAAGACGCCAGGCAGAUCAGCUAUUUUAUUUUUCUUAUCUUAUAAAUCUGUCAAUGUCCAAGUUUAAACAAUCCACAUGUACACGUUUAUAGUUUAAUAUCACAACAAAGGUUUAACAUCCGAGGGAAGGCAUGAAUUGGAAGAUAGGUUUACAUGAAAAUCCUGACUCUAAAGGCGGGUGUAUGCAUUUUCCUCCUUAAAAAUAUAAUAUUUGCACUUUUCACACUUUAAGGAUUUCUGUUGGCUUAUAGAGACUGUUGAUUAUUGGUAAACCAUUUAUUAAGCUCUGUCCUUCCCAUCGAAGGAUUAAAACGUACAGAAACGUUUUGCACAAAAUCCAUUCUAAAUUAGCUGCUGACAUGUUACCCCUUUUAUGUAUUUUGAGGGGGGUUCUCUAUUCCAAAUGUUUAAACCCUGGACCUUGGUUAUUGUACAUAUUUGGUCGUCUAAGCAGACUCGCUUGGUGUAUGAAUCAAUUCAGUUCUCUUCUCACUGCAAGGAAAAUGAAAUAACCUUGUCUGAUAAUUUAACACCAAAAUGGAAGGUUUAGUUAGCAGAAGGUGGGAUUGUGGACACCGCAUCUUCUGAUGAGAAUCUUUAUUUUGUUAUUAACGAUGGAUCGCAUGUCCAGUUCUUAACUAGCAGAAACAUUACAAAUUAAAAACAUACAUUCCAAAAUAAUCACUUUAAAGCAAGGAGAGACAGACAUGUGGAUGUUUUAGAACCAACUUUUAUUUUCACAAGCUAAAUUAUACCGCAUAAAUAAAAGACUUGUGCACAAAUCAAAUACCUGUUAAUCGCUAUACAAAACAAUUGAUUAGUUCAUGUUCUGAUGAGCAAAUCGAUUCGUUCUACGCUUCGCACAAGUCUAAUAAAUAUGGAAGAAUUUUAUUGACUAGCUGCAUUUUUAAUUUUUUAAUUUUAUUUUUUAUUUUAUAUAAAUAAUUGCAAUUCAGCAUUCCACAGCUUGUCCUCCGCAAUUCGGGCUUCCUUCUAUGCAGUUCCAUUUUAGUAAAUAUUAGGAAUGUUGGACAAACUUAAACAGUGACUAAUCCCGUGUGAUUCAUACUAGUGCUUUUCACUACACUUGCAUCCAUGAUCUGUUGUCUGCUAGACUUGUGCACAGAUUCUUUUCAGAAUCAAAUGCCUCUUAAUGGAUACGUCAGAAUCCACGGGUACGUCCUGGAUGGAUAGAUCCGUUCAGGUGCAGGCUAAAAGUCGAUAAAUUUAUACCACCUGAACAAGUGUCUUACCCGCUUAGUGCAGUCACAGACAGAUUUUAUUUAAUUAAUCAUCUGGGGCUGUUACUGGGAUUAUCGUUUAUGGCUGAUUAAAGUAAUUACUUCCAUCUGGCAUGCCAUAAGAAAAAAUAAUUAAUAAAUAAUAAAUUGUAGCACAUAUGAGAGUUUUUCAAUAUAAUACAAAUUAAAAUAACAAACCACUCCGACUUAAAAGAAUGAUUUGAUUAAAAUAUUUGGAAAGAAAAUUAAUUCCAACUCUCUGUUUUCUGAACUCAGCUCCCUUAUAAAAUUGCAAUGUAUUGACAUCCCUUCAAAUGAAUGAAUCUACUCAAUAUCCCAGUAUUUGUCCUUAACUAACACAAGAUAUAUAUAUUUAUCUCUGUAAAUUAUUUUAUUUGUGAAUAAUGUAAAAAUGCAGGAGGUGGUGCACGAUAUUCUCAGACAGCUUAUUUUAGAGUAAAACGUCUUUAGUUUUCUCUUUAUCCCCUACAUUCACAUUGAAAGAUCUAUUGUGAAUUGAUCACUAGUGGUUAGAAUUCAAUAAGCCAUCACCAGGCGUCAAACUUGGCUGAUUGGACUUCACAUCGUUUACACAAUAUUAUCAGAUCUGUUGUAAAGUACAUAAUCUGGCUAUAACCGUGUAGUAUACAAACUUUGGAUUUAACCCCCUUAUACAUUUCAUCUCUCAGUCCUCGUGGGUAAAGGCUCUCCAACAGUCUCAAAAACUCAGUUAUUGGCCCAGGUACUGUGAUUUGUAAUUGACCUGAAAUACCACCAAUAAGUGGUCCAUGACUUUCAACCACUGUCUUCUGCAUUAUGUCCCUUCACUGUGCACUAUACUGAGACAAUUACUUAGAAUGGGGAUCUAUGGUAUUUGCUAGAUUUCGAUUCACAUUGUUUUCUCAGAAUUGUGAGGUUUGCCUGAUGUUUGAAAUUAUAUUUAAAUGUCCAGAGAUUACCUAGUGGUAAAAAAAUGACAUGGAUGACUGUUUUAAUUCUGUACAAUUUGAAAAUCGGGUCGGGACUCAACCCUACAAAUUUGCAUGUUCGUACAAACCAAAUCCCCCAGCCUCAGAUUUUGUUGACAUACAACUCUCAGGAACUGAGCCAACAGGAGGCUUGCAGAAGAUGCUGAGGUUGUUAAGAAAGAAAGAAAAAAAAAAACAAGGUCACCAACCUUAAAUCCAUUUCUACCCCUCACUCAUUGACCAAGUUUCUCGGGAAAUCCAUCGAGAACUUUGACUUGUUGAGGGAAUCAAAUGGAACCAAUCAAAAACUAAAACCAAAGCUUGAAAUGAUUUACAAACACAUGUAAACAUUGUCUGUGUUCUGUUUUUAAAACUGUGACACCUUCUCUGUCGGUUAGUUUGAUCCUGGUGUUUUAUUAAAAUCAAUAUCUUACUAUUA